CAUUUCUUUCGUCCAAAACUCAAAAAACCAAUUCACAAAACCAGGCAAUUCCGUAAAUAACCCAAACCAUCAGGGGCAAAAUAGUCAAAUCCCAAAACUUGACCAAAAAAACCCAAAAUUUUCAAACAGGGGACCCACCGCCGGACUUCAAAAACCACCAUCUCGCCGGCACCCCCACACCAUUUUUCGAUUCUUUUAAGGUAUAAAGUUACAAUCUUUGGAAUCUUUAACCAAAAAAGACUCGACCCAGAAACAGAAACAGGAACAGGAACAAACAUGGAGUCGCCGGCGCCGGAGACGACGGUGAACACGAUGGCGGUACGGCGGUCGUGGGUGGAGUCGAUGAAGCGGUGUUCGUUAUCGGGAAUAAGUAUUCCGAAAGAGGAGUUGAAGAAGAGGAUAACUAUGCCGGAGUAUUUGAGAGUUGCUAUGAGAUAUUGUAUUAGUUCAAAGGAUAUUGCUGCCUGUGAUGGUGAGAAGUCGCCGGUCGGAGAGGUUGAGUGUCCGGUGGUGGUGUUUAUAAACUCUAAAAGUGGUGGCAGGCAUGGCCCGGACCUUAUGGCUAGGUUGCAGGACUUGAUGGGUCGAGAACAGGUCUUUGAUCUUCAAGAUGUGAGGCCGCAUGAGUUUGUGGAAUACGGGUUGGGUUGCUUGGAGAAGUUUGCUGCGAACGGAGAUAAUUGUGCCAAAGAAACCCGAGAAAGAUUAAGGAUUGUGGUUGCAGGAGGCGAUGGAACCGUUGGUUGGGUUCUCGGAUGCCUUGGAGAGCUUCACAAAGAGGGUCGAAACCCCAUUCCACCAACGGCAAUUAUUCCUCUUGGUACAGGAAACGAUUUGUCCAGAAGUUUUGGAUGGGGUGGUUCAUUUCCUUUUAGCUGGAGAGCUGCCAUAAAAAAUACUCUUGAUAAGGCCACUCGUGCUCCAACUAGCUACCUCGAUAGUUGGAAACUUUUGAUAUCAAUGCCAUCGGGUGAAAAUUUGGAUACGCCUCAUUCUUUGAAGCAAACAGAGGAGGUUGUUUUUGAUCAGGAUGUAGAAAUUCAAGGGAAGUUAGCUGAGAAAGUUUCAUGCUAUCAAGGAGUGUUCUAUAAUUAUUUCAGCAUAGGAAUGGAUGCUCAAGUGGCUUACGGUUUCCAUCAUUUAAGGAACGAGAAACCUUACCUUGCUCAAGGUCCCAUUUCAAACAAGAUAAUAUACUCUGGAUAUAGUUGCACACAAGGGUGGUUUUUUACACCUUGUAUGGCGGACCCUGGUUUGAGGGGACUAAAGAAUAUUUUGAGGUUACAUGUUAAACGGCAAAACAGCUCAGAGUGGGAACUUGUCCCUAUCCCAUCAAGUGUUAGAUCUAUCGUUGCUUUGAAUCUUCAUAGCUAUGCAAGUGGAAGAAAUCCUUGGGGUAAAUUGAAACCAGAUUAUAUGGAAAAGAAAGGCUUUGUUGAGGCUCAUGCAGAUGACGGUCUCUUAGAAGUUUUUGGAUUUAAGCAUGGAUGGCAUGCAUCAUUCGUCAUGGUCGAACUUAUUUCAGCCAAACACAUCGCACAGGCUGCUGCAAUUCGAUUUGAGUUAAGGGGUGGAGCAUGGAAAAAAGCGUUUAUGCAGAUGGAUGGAGAACCAUGGAAACAACCGUUAAAGAACGAGUUUUCAACCUUUGUUGACAUUGAAAGGGUACCAUUCCGUUCGGUUAUGAUCAAUGGAGGGUGAUUAUACAGAUUUUUUUUUUAAAAAACUUGUGUCAGGUUUGGUAGCUUGUAUAAAUCAACUCUAUCAUCAAACUGCCGGUAAAUGAUUGGUUGUGCACGACUAGGCAGCACGGUUGUUAACUUAGGUGGUUAGCCGGUACCUAGGUUGUGUGAUGGUGUAAAGUGAGAAAUCGAACCGCGAAUCUUUAUAUGUAACCAUUCUGUUUGUUUGGUACCAUGCUGAAAUUUUUUGCUUAA